GAGAAGAGAAAAAAAAGCAGGAAAGAUAUAUUCAAGCCACAAAUUAAAAUAUUAAAAAGCGUGAUAAAAACGCAAUCUUACCGGCUUAAAACAAGUGAAUUUUUUUAAGAACUUUCAUUGCUUCGUGCUUAAGACAAAGUGAAGUUGAAAAAAGUAAAUUUAAAGCGUUAAUACUAAAAACAAAAUUGUUUGACCAAUUUUAAGUGUUUUUACGCGAAAAGUUAGCUAAGUUCAGGAAAGCCACAACAUGUUGUGUCCGUAUAAAUAUCAUCUGAUUAUUUAAAUGUAAUAAAGUUAACAUUUUAAAGUGGCUUUGGUGAUAUUGGAAUCAGUUCCAAAUAAUAUCGAUUAUAAGUUGAGACUAAAGAAAAAAACUCGAAAGUUUGCUAUAAAGUCGCCCCGUUUACACAGAAAGUCUGUCACUGGUCUUCGAACGAAGAAAAUGUCUGCCUUCCUACUCGACGAGGCAAUAAAAAAUGUUGACGAUGAAACCGCUGUAAAUCAACUUGUUGGUUCUUUAGAAAAGUCCUUAGAACAAGAAUCGGGCUCGUUGCAAUUGUGUAAUGGCGUUCGUGAUGUGAAUAAACUCAGUGAUGACCUCGCAAUAUCUUCAAAUGAUUCACAAAAUAAUGUGUCCUCAUUAUCAACAAAUAGCGCAAAUUUCACAAAAGCGACUGAGUCUAAUAACAAUGUGCAUUCGACGAUAAACAACAAUCAUUUCAAUCAUCAACAGCCGAGUGUAAGCCACCAGCAAAUCUUCUCAAACUUCGUGUCUGGUCAACAGCAUCCAUUGCAGACAACUCAGAAUCACUUAAAUAUGCCAAAGAAUGAACCAGUUAAAUUAGUGUAUCCUUCAAGUAACAACAACAACAAUAACGCUCAAUCCUCUACGAUCGUGACUAUGAACAACAAUCGUGUCACUUUCUCGAGCGCACCUGUUCAGAAUGGUACAAUAACUUUAUCACCAAUGACAGCAAAUCAGAUUUCACAACAGUCGGGUCAACAACAACAAACCAUAAUGCAAGGAGCGAACAUAAAACUUGCUGGUCAAACAUCAGGUGGACAACAAGCACCGACAUUGAUUUUUAAGAAUACCAACAGCUCAUCUCCUGGCACAUUUGUGACAUCAACGCCUGUUACUAUGUCAAAGACGAAUAAUCAGGCAACGGGAUCAAAUAUUGUUGCAUUGCCAAGUAAUUUACUGGUUAAUAUUCGACCACAAACAGGAGUUCAAACUGUACAGAAGCCUGGCGUUGGUCCACAACGUGUAGUGAUUAAUCAACAGAUUCGGCCUCAAAAUAAUACGAUAACACUUCAAAACCUACCACAAAGCAUGCAAGGAAAUACAAUUCUGCUGAAGCAAGACAAUGGGUCUUAUCAGCUUCUUCGUAUAGCAGCAGCCCAACCAGGUGCUCAAGUUACGCCAGGUUUAACGCCAACUGGCGGCAGUACGAUUCGAUUGCAAACAGUACCAGCUUCAAUAGCGUCAAACAACACGGUUUAUGUCACGACAUCAUCAGCACCAAACAAUCAACAACAGCAACAACCCCAAAUCCUCACAACACAAACGACACCAAUCGUGUCAGUGUCUCAAGUGCCCGCUCUCACCACUACCCAUCAAGUACAAUCGCAAAGUCAGCCAACGGCAGUUGUAGGGCAGCAAACUGGUGGAGCGACAGUCACACAAUCACCAACGCAAAGGAACGACAAUGCCAAAGAGAAAUGUCGAAAAUUUUUAACAAACUUGAUUGAUUUAUCGAAACGAGAGCCUGCACAAGUUGAGCUUAAUGUUAAAACUUUAAUUCAAGAGCUUGUUGAUGCGAAUGUUGGUCCCGAGGACUUUUGUAAAAAGCUUGAAAAUUUACUCAAUGCUGCACCGCAACCGUGUCUAGUUGGCUUUCUUAAGAGAAGUCUACCGCUUCUAAGGCAGUCUUUAGUGACAAAAGAAACUAUAAUUGAAGGAAUAAAUCCGCCAAGUCCAACAGUUGCUUUCUCGGGUAUCACUGCACAAAUUCCAGCCCAAAUACGUCCCAUCGGUCAGACAGUGAUGUCAACAGGAAAUAUUGGACAAACACAAAUACGAAUGGUCCAGCCAGGAACACCACGAAUCGGUCAAACGACGAUAAGACCAACAACACCACAGAUUGUUCGAACAGCAACUCCAAAUAUACGACCAUUAACAACAAUCAGAGGUCAAACGACGAUAGUCCAAACGAACAAUCAAAUACCAGCCUUACAUCCGGUGAGCGGUGCAACAAUUAUUUCUAGUGGUGGUCAGAUUCGAACUCAAAGCGCGCCUCAAUCACGUCCUCAAACGGCUGUUCAUAUUCGUCCCCAACAACAAAGCACACAGGUGCGCGUUCAGAAAAAUCAUUCAAAUGCAAUUCAAGCGACAAAAGCUCAGGCAACUGGCGGUGCGCAAAUGAAACAAAUAAUAUCUUCUAAUAGCGUAAAUAUCAAUAAUAAUAGUAAUAGUAAUAACAAUAAUAAUAACACAAAAGUAAAUAACAACAAGAGUCAAGUGUCCAUCGCUGUGGUAUCGACGCAGAAUAGCACGCCCACGCACGUGGUGAAUAGUAAAUUGAGCACUAGUCCUAAUAGUAAAGCUCACUUCACAAAAACUGUAUCCGUUUCCACUUCUAAUCAUUCCCAUCCUUCGACACCAACGACACCCACAAAAUCACCAACAUUUAAUAACAAAACCACUCAUGAAAAAAAAUCUCAGGGUUCGGGAGCGAAGACAAAGGAUAAGAAAACUUUAGCAUCUGUGGUAGCAGCAACAGCUGCAAGUGGAAGUGGCUCAGCAUUUUAUCCAUCAACAUUUGGUGACGAUGACAUUAAUGAUGUGGCUGCAAUGGGCGGCGUUAAUUUAGCUGAAGAAAGUCAGAGAAUUCUUGGAUCAACUGAAUUCGUUGGCACACAAAUUCGAUCAUGUAAGGACGAGGUGCUACUUAAUCUUCCACUACUACAGCAAAGAAUACGUCAACAAAUGGCCCGUCAUGGUCUCGAUGAACCAUCAUCAGACGUUGCUGUAUUAAUUUCUCAUGCAGCUCAAGAGCGACUGAAAAAUAUUAUCGAAAAAUUGGCAGUGAUAGCUGAGCAUCGGAUAGAUAUUUUAAAGAUUGAUCCUCGUUAUGAGAUAACUUCGGACGUCCGUGGACAAAUAAAAUUCCUUGAAGAGCUUGACAAAGCAGAACAGAAACGACACGAAGAAGUUGAACGUGAAAUUCUUUUACGUGCUGCAAAAUCACGAUCAAAAACAGAAGAUCCAGAACAGGCGAAGCUUAAAGCAAAAGCCAAAGAAAUGCAACGAGCUGAGAUGGAAGAACUGAGACAUCGUGAAGCUAACAACACAGCAUUACAAGCCAUUGGACCAAGAAAGAAACCCAAAAUGGAUCCAGAUGCUUCAACGGUGACGACGCCAUCAAGUGGAGUUAUCGGUGGAACACCAACAGGAAUAAAAACACCAGCUCAACCGCGACCUCGAAUUAAACGAGUCAAUAUGCGUGACAUGAUUUUCUAUAUGGAACAAGAAAAGGAUUCUUGUCGCAGCACGAUGCUGUAUAAAGCUUAUCUCAAGUGAUUAAUCGAUGGCCCGCCCAGAUGGUUCAACACUCUUGUUACGUUUUCUUAUAAUAAUUGUUUACAUUUAUUUUUUCAUUCGUUUUUCAUUCUCUUUUCCGUAUCUUCAUCAUUUCUCGCAUAAGUAUAAAAACCAAAAUUGUUGUGGCGGUAAAAAUGCUGAAGCAUUUGCAAUAGAAUUUUUAGUUAAUUAAUACAAUUGAAAAAUUAAGAAAGAUAAAAAAACUGAUGAUAGUUGAUAGUUUUUUAUUAAAAUUUAGUUUAAAAAAAACGAUGUUGGGACGGAUUGGAGAAUCGUUACAAAAACUUUAAUGUUUUGUAUGAAAAUCGUGUCGUGUCGUGGGAAUGUUUUGGAAAGAAAUUAGAGAAAACUUUCUGUAUAACAAAAUCCUUUUAUAAAUUAAUAAUUGAAUAUCGUUUAUGGAAAGCUUUCUGUCAUUAUUGCUUUCAAAUAUCAUUCUUCUAGAUAAAAACAGCAAAAGCGGGAAAACUUUCUUGUAAUGAAAAAGGAAAUUCCAAAUCACCAGCAUCGAUAAAUUCAUUUAUUCUGACUUCUUUUUAAUAUCUCAUCGCUUUAUCUCACUCUACCAAACACUCAAACAGAGAAUUUAAUUUUUAUUCUUUCAUUUUAAAUGAUUUAAAAUAAAAGUUCUCGUCAUUAAAAGUCAAUUUCAUAUUAGAGCAUUGCGAUGGCUUUUAAGUAUGAUGAAAGGAAGCAGAAAUAAGAAAAUUAACUCAUGAUUAAGGUUGGUGAAACUUGAAGAUUACUACAGCAUGAAAGUUUUAAAGAAUAAGCGACAGGCUCUAAGUCUGUCUCUAAAAUCAGGAAGUUUUCAAGCCAUCUCCGCUCUGAAUGUUUCAAAAAACAAUUUUUGUAUUUAGAUAAUAGUUUAGCACAAUUUUUCACCCAUUAAACGUAAAAACAUACAAAACGAAAUAUUUCCUUCAACGAAUAUUUUUCUUUGAAUCAAAAAUUUGCAAUUAUCAUUAAAUAUAAACUCAACAAGAUAAAAAUGUAAAACAUUUCAUAGGCUUUUCACCCUUUUUCCAUUUUCAUUUGGUCACAAAAGAAAUAAAUUGUCCUGUGAUACAAUUUAUACAGAACGAGGCAAAAUCAAACUCCAAUGUCCAUUUCUAAUCGGAAAUUAGUGUUGGAGUUUGAAGAAAGAGAACAAAAAAUUGACGCAAAAUUUAUUAAAGAAAUUCACUGCCGAAAUUAAAAAGAAGGAUGAAAUGAUUGGAGACAGUUGAGAAAUAAGGAUGAUACCAAAAGAUGCUCUAAACUUUUAAAAUAACAUAAUUGCUGUUAAUGAAUCAUACAAACGAAAAUGACCUUUCGCAAGUCAGAUAUCUAAGAAAAUCACUUGAAGGAAACAGAAGAAUUUUAAAUGCUAAAGUUUCUAUUUAAAGCAAAACUUUCACUGUAAAUAAGAAGUAAGGAAAAUGUGUAAAUAUAUAAGAAAAACUUAUUUUUGAAGAUUUCUAGCUUAUAAGCAGUUUUUAUCCCUCAACGAAAAGAAACCUUGUUACAUUCAUUAACAAACCUGCGUAAUGAAAGAUAAAAAGAAACGCUAGGAAAAGUUUUGAAUCUAAAUAUGGACAUGUGCAUAAUAUUUAUGAAAAAUUGACGAUUAGAAAACAGUAAAUCUAAUUAAAUAAAAUUGAAUUGAAUUGU